GUCGCAAAUGGGAAGGAUUUGAUCCAUACAAUAAGGGGAGAGUCCGUGCUUGAAAGGCCGAGAGACCCGUCGCUUUUGAAGAAAGGAUUAGUCACUUCUGCCAGCAUAUCUCCUCGUAGGAGGAAGCCGGUACCCAGACCCGAGAAACCCAGGUGGCAGACUAUUCUCAGUGUUCUCGCCAAGAACUGCCUGCUCCUCGCAGCUCUCUUAUUUCUCGGCCAGACGAUAUGGAAGUGGGCUGACAAAAUUCAGGAUCCUACUCGUAAUGCAUUUCUGAGUUCGGAGCGUGAGGGUCGUGUUUCGGAAGUUGAGACCUCUUUGAGGAGCAUGGGAAAGAUGUUCCAGGUUCAAUUGGAGGUUUUGGAUAGGAAAAUUGGAAACGAGGUUGGGAUUGCGAGGAGUGAAGUGAUGAAGCAAGUUGAGGAGAAAGGUGCCUUGUUAGGAAAGGAGCUAAAGAGUUUGGUCGCAAAAACUGACAGUUUGGACAAGUCCCUCAGCGAAUUCAAAGACAUGGGUUUCGUCUCAAAGGAAGAGUUCCAGGAAUUUUGGGAUGAGUUAAGGAACAGUGAAAAAAUUGAUGGUAGUGAUAAAGAAGUGGAUUUGGACAAGGUUCGGGCCUUUGCGAGGAAUAUUGUUGAAAAAGAGAUAGAGAAGCAUGCUUCUGAUGGUCUUGGGAGGGUUGAUUAUGCUUUAGCAUCUGGUGGGGCAAGGGUUAUCGAGCAUUCACAACCUUAUCGUAUUGGGGGAACUGACAGCUGGUCUGCUGCUCUUAAGCGUCGACGUGGAGUUCAUGGUAAUGCACAUAAGAUGCUGGAACCAAGUUUUGGGGAGCCUGGCCGGUGUUUUGCUUUGGAAGGGAGCUCUGGAUAUGUUCAGAUAAGGCUUAGAACUGCAAUUAUACCCGAGGCUGUCACACUUGAGCAUGUGUCAAAGAGCGUGGCGUAUGACAGAUCCAGUGCCCCCAAGGAUGGUAUGGUUUUUGGUUGGUUUGGAGAGCCCAUAAUCGAUACAUCAAACCCACCUACAUUAUAUCUCAUCGCAAGAUUCUCCUAUGACCUUGAGAAGAGCAAUAUUCAGACCUUCAACGUUGAGCCAGGAAUUGCCUCACCCAUCAACAAUGUUCGUCUUGAGAUAGACUCGAACCAUGGAAGCUCUGCACUAACAUGCAUAUAUCGAUUCAGGGUGCACGGAUACGAGCCAAGCUCCCCUGCGCAGGCCUGUGAUAGAAACGAACUAUGAUCAGGGUGUAUUUUGUUCACACUUGCAUAUCGCGGUGUUAAUGAUUUGUAAAUCAGCUUGUCUCUAGUUAUUUAGUAACGAGGCUGUAGAUGUUAAUGUGGCCUAGGCUUUUUUGGCAGACGUUUCAUUCUUGUAUUUAGGACGUCGAGUUUGUUGUAACUUGCGUUGGAAACUGACCCAUCAUUUUUAGAAAUCUUUUUUAACUUUGAAAAAUGGCAAUGCACAAGAUGUCAUUUAGGCUUGCUGUUCGAGGUUGUAUUAGCUUUUUAGGUUGUACCUCAAAUAAACUGAUUACUUCUC